UGGGAGGAAGUGCUGGAAGAUUGUGGGUGUGAGUUCCAGUUUUUAAGCUAAAGUUUGGCGGUGAGGUGACAGGUAAUCCCUGCAGGAAUUACAGGCUCUCAAGGAGUGGGGAUUCGGAAAGGGAACAAGCACACUCACUAGAAAAGGAGCCUCGGGCUUUACACCCCUUCGGGACGUGCCCCGCGUGUCUGAAGGAGGUGGCUGCGAGGUAUCUUCCUGGCGAAGGAACCUGCUCUUACCGCCAUGUCUUCGGACUUCUUUCUGCAGCCUCUGGACGGCGGUCCCCGCGUGCCCGUGGGGCCGGGGCAGACUGUGAUAGGCCGUGGGCCGCUGCUGGGAAUAACAGACAAAAGAGUAUCCAGAAGACAUGCCAUUCUUGAAGUAGUUGACAGUCAGCUUCGAAUCAAACCAAUCCACAGGAAUCCGUGUUUCCGCCAGUCCGUGGAGAAGAGCCAGCUCUCGCCGAUGGAGGCACAUGUGUGGAGCCGCUUGCAUCCUGGGGAUAGCUUUUCCUUGUUACUCGACAAGUACGCUUUCCGUGUUUUCUCUACCGAAUCUGAAGAGGAAAUGGAGUGUACUCUGAGAAACAGUCAGAUGCUUGAUGAAGAUGAGAUAUUGAGUGAGAUGCAGAAGUCCCCUGUGGUUAAUUUACCCGAUGAGACAACUGGUGCCUCACAGCUGCAAGGAAGCCCUGAAAUAACCAAGACCAAGUGUCCCACCAUAAAUCCUACGGUGAGAAACUCCUCUGCAGGCGAAUGCAGAGCUCUCAGUGGGCACCAGCCACAUCCUACCCAGAGGAAAAGAAUCCUCCCAGCUUGGAUGUUAGCAGAAAGUCUAAGUGACCAGAGCCUUUCCACACCUGCUGAGGGCGGAGAUAAGGAUGUCAUCCAGAAGAGUGGAAAGGAGGGAACCUGUGAAGACAAAACCCCAGGAACCCCCGGAUACACAGCACGGCAUAGAGGAAAGCGGUUUACUCCACCAGGAGAUUCAAAAACUGUGUCAGCGGAACAAGACCCUGGGAAGAAAUGCAGAAAGUCUGACCAAGAAGGAGCAGCUGUUUCAACUGAGGAUGUUCCAGAAUCAUUGUCUUCAAUCACAGUAAGUGACCCAGAUGUGGAUAUCGUGAAGUCAAAUAAACAGAGGGAAGCAAUUUCCAUAGAGGAACUUGGUGAGGUCUCUAGACAUAAAGCCAUCACCAAAGGAAAGGCAAAUGCAAAUGCAAAUGAAGAGGGCGGGACAGCGAGCCAUCCCAAGAAUCCUGCAAGUGUCCAAAGCAAGUCCUUUCCCGAGAAAUCUCUAGGAUGCGAACCUGCGUCCAGCUCCGCUCCGUCCAGUCCUGAUGCUUCGCCCACAGACACAGCUGAUUCAGUGCUAGGCCAUUCAGAAGAAAGCAGUGUUCAGAGGACGUCCUGCAUGUAUGGGGCCGACUGCUACAGGAAGAAUCCUCUCCAUUUUCAACACUUCAGCCACCCUGGUGAUAGUGAUUAUGGCGAUGCACAAGUCCCAGGUGAAGGUGUGACUGGUGACAGGCCCGAGUGUCCCUAUGGGGCUUCUUGUUACAGGAAGAACCCCCAGCACAAGAUGGAAUAUAGGCACAGUGCACUUCCGGCCAGAGUUGCUCUGGAUGAGGAUGACAAUGAUGUCGGGCAACCCAGUGACAAUGAUGAGGACGAGGAAGACUAUGAGCCGACAGAUGAAGAUUCUGAUUGGCAACCAGGAAAGGAUGAUGAGAAGGAAGAUGUGGAUGAGCUUUUGAAAGAAGCCAAAAGGUUUAUGAGAAGGAGAAAGUAGCCUUUCUGCAAUGGGCUACACUCACGUUUGCUUUUUCUCUGUGGGAAACAUAAUUAUUUUCCUCCUUUAGUAGUUCUUUGCACUCGAGAUAUUGAAACACCAGCCUUCAGUGAAGUAGGUGGAAUGUAUGUUACUGCCUAUUUUGGUGCCUAUCUAAUGCAUCCUUCAGUGGAAGCAGGUAAAGAGGUUGGGCAGACUGAUAUUUUGCAUACAUUUUACACACUGCUCAUAAGAAGCCAUAGAUUGUACAAACCUUUGAUCUUUUGCCCAGAGGUUUUUAUAGUGUACCCUGCGAGCUUAGCCAGGCGAGUCCAGAACAGCGGGAGAGCACAGCCCCAACUGCUGCUGAAAGAGUCCCUCACAAAGCUAGACUUGACAGCCAGCAGUGUGCUGUGCCUCGAAUGUAUUAGAUGUGGCUUUGUGAUUUCAUUUACAGCUUUUGUUCUUUGAGUCCUGGGGAAACUAUUAACAAAUAGAAAAUGACCCUGUUAACCUACAGGGCGGUGGUGCUCACCUGCCAGGCGAUGGUUUUUGCGUAUCCACGACUAUGUAUAUAUAUUUGUGAGAGUAUAAAGACGACCACAGAGCCAGCCCUUCAGUUGCUCUCGCAUUGUGCCCUGCCGGAUUCCUUUGCUUGCACUGUGCACCUUUACACUGAGGAUGCAGAGAAGCGUCUAGCCACAGUCUUCUCAGAGGGUGAGAGGCUGAGUCCUCUGCCGUGGAGAGGGUUCUGGCCUCUGAGGAAGCCUCUGCACCAAGGAAAGGAGCAUCUCUGGUUUUAGGCGGCUUACACUUCUCACUCUGAGCAGUGUGUGCAGACUGGGGUGCCUCAGAUCAUGAAGCAGCAAGCCAGAAGUUCGUUGUCAUUCUUUACUUGAGAGGAAAUAAAAUGCAUAUCUUAGAACAAAAGGUGUCACAUGGUUUCUUAGUAUUUAUGAGUCUCUCCAUAUAAUUGUACAAUGUUAAAGUUUACUUAAUCUGAAGAAAAACAAAAUAAAUAUUUCUCUAUUAUCAGUUACUGUGGUUUAUUUGCAAACUUGUUUUCCCUUCUGUAUCAAGUUCUCUAGAAGAACAGAAGUGAUAGGUUGUAUGCUACAGGGAUUUAUUAGAUUAGCUGAUGUGGGAAGGCUGGGUACUCCAUAUGGCCGUGAAGAGGCAAGAGAACUAGCCUCUGCCCAGUUCACGAGGCUGGGUGAAGUGUCAGCAGUGCCAGCUGGCAUGGCAGCCUAGCCAGUUCCAGAGAGCGGCUGGUCCUUGUUGCACAUUGGAAAGCCAAAGAAAGAUUCCAUAUGGUGGCCUGGGAGACCUGGACAGAGGCAGAAGGGCUGACAUGGUCACCGGCAGGCAGGGAAGGUAUGCAACAGAAACAGCACAGCUUCCCCAUGGCUUUAGAUCUGCACCUCUGGGUGGCAACCCCCCCUCGGGGAGGGUCUCCUCCCCUCCCCCAACUAAUCCUUCUGGGAAGCAACCUCCAGCCCUGCCCAGGGCACAUGUUUUAGCU